GGGAGGAGGGGGAGGAGGAGGAGGGACUCCGCCGCGGCAACAACUGACGUGUCCUCGCCAUGGAGCUCGGCGUGAUUCAUCAGCGGCGGCAGGCAGGUUGCGGGGUGCCGCGCACCGUCCCCGCGUAGGCACGGCCGCGGCUGGGACAGCCCCAGUGCCGCAUCACGCUGCUCCUCCAUCUCCUCCAUCGCUGCCUGCACCUGUGCCCCCGCGGCGACGCGACGGGAAGGCAAGAUGGAAGAAAUCCUACGGAAGCUGCAGAAGGAGGCGUCGGGGAGCAAGCACAGGGCCAUCAAGGAGAGCUGCACCUGGGCCAUCGAAACCUUGGAUUCUCCUGAUGCUGCUAUCAAGAUACCUCCAUAUCAGCUAAGGGAGAAGUGUCUCCUUCCUCUCCAACUGGCUCUGGAAUCGAAGAGCAUGAAGUUGGCCCAGCAGGCUCUAGCCGGGAUGCAGAAGCUGCUGUCUGAUGAGAGGUUUGUAUCCGUGGAAACAGACUCGGAUGAGAAACAGUUGCUUAAUCAGAUGCUGAAUGCCGUCAAAGUGACUCCUUCGCUCAAUGAAGAUCUGCAAGUUGAAGUGAUGAAGGUCUUGCUCUGUAUAACAUAUACCUCCACAUUUGAGCUGAAUGGGAGUUCAGUAUUGAAGAUUGCCGAGUUGUGUUUUGCAUGCAAUAGAGCUGGAAGUCCCCGAAUGCAUGAAAUGAUCAAAAUGUCCAUUGCAUACCUCCUUGGGGCCCUGAGCUCUCGAACUUUUACUGGCACUCCUUCAUCAGUGGCUUUUCAAAAGGUUUGCAUUGAGACAUAUGUAUCUAGCUGUCACCAGCGGAGCAUUAACACCGCUGUGCGGGCAACCCUCAGCCAAAUGUUGAGUGACUUGACUUUACAGUUACGACAAAAGCAAGAAAAUAUGUCAAUUGAAAAUAAUGAGGCCGUGCAGAAAUUCAAGAGUCAAGGUACUUCAGCUGAGUCUCUUUGUGAUGAUGUUGUAUCUGUCCUCACUGUGCUCUGUGAGAAGCUCCAGGCUGUCAUAAAUGACAAUCGGCAACUUCAGCUUCUUUAUUUGGAGUGCAUCCUCUCCAUGUUAAACAGCUCCUCUCCGAGCAUGCACCAGCACAAAGGAUUCACUGAUCUAAUAUGGAAGCAACUGUGUCCAGCCCUAGUAGUAAUCCUGGGAAAUCCAAUCCAUGACAAAACUAUCACCUCUGCCCACAGCAGCAUCUGUCUAGAAGCUGAUUCACCUUCCUCAGGGGUCUCUGAUCAUGGCCGGGGUUCAGGCUGUUCAUCCACAGCACCUGCUCUUAGUGGGCCUGUUGCACGGACCAUAUACUAUAUUGCAGCAGAAUUGGUUCGACUGGUGGGGACAGUGGAAUCCAUGAAGCCUGUGCUGCAGUCUCUCUAUCACCGGAUAUUGCUUUACCCACCACCUCAGCACCGAGUAGAAGCCAUCAAAAUUAUGAAAGAGAUACUUGGCAGUCCUCGGAGGCUUUGUGAUUUGGCAGGGCCCUGCUCUUCUGAGUCAGAAUCCAGGAAGAGGUCUAUUUCUAAAAGGAAGUCCCAUCUGGAUCUUCUCAAGCUAAUCAUGGAUGGGAUGACAGAAGCAUGCAUCAAGGGUGGUAUUGAAGCAUGCUAUGCUUCAGUGUCCUGUGUAUUCGCCCUGCUUGGAUCAUUGGAUGAGCUGAGCCAAGGCAGGGGUCUUAGUGAGGAGCAGGUCCAUCUUCUCCUCCGGCGCCUGGAAGAAUUGAAGGAUGGAACUGAGACAAGCAGGGACUCCAUGGAGAUCAAUGAUGCUGACUUCAGAUGGCAGAGGCGCAUUCUAUCCUCAGAAAAUCCUGCCUGGGAAUCAGGAAAUGAGAAAAGUCCUGAUAUUAGCAUUAGUGUUACCACAGACACUGGUCAGACCACUUUGGAAGGAGAUAUGGGACAGACGACUCCAGAGGAUAAUCUGGAAAGUCAGAAAAACUCAUUGCCAUCUCCAGCUGGACAUGAAAGCAAGGAGAUUCAUUACAGAGAACCAGAGUCAGAAACCAUUGACCAGCCAGAUGUUGUUCAGAGAAGCCACACCAUAGUCUAUCCAGAUAUAACCAACUUCUUAUCAGUUGAUUGCAAGACCCGGUCUUAUGGAUCCAGGUACAGUGAAAGUAACUUCAGUGUAGAUGACCAGGAUCUUUCUAGGACUGAGUUUGAUUCAUGUGACCAAUAUUCCAUGGCAGCAGAGAAGGACUCUGGCAGGUCAGAUGUUUCAGACAUUGGCUCUGACAAUUGCUCCCUGGCUGAUGAGGAGCAGACACCACGAGACUGUCCAGGUACCAGGUCGUUACGUACUGCUGCUCUCUCUCUAAAAUUGCUGAAAAACCAGGAAGCAGACCAGCACAGCGCACGGUUGUUUAUCCAGUCACUUGAAGCUCUUCUUCCUCGGCUUAUAGCUCUCCCCAGCAUAGAGGAGGUGGAUGAAGCACUGCAGAACUUCUCUUCAGCUUUCUGCUCAGUUAUUCACCUUAUCCACGCCCCCAAAGUGACGUCAGUGGAAAGUCCGAGAAGGCAGCAGCACAGAACUUUCAAACCCUCACGAGGUAUGAUGCACUCACCAGGAUUUGAAGGAAACCCAAAUUUCAGCUUCCAAACUCUGAUGAAUGCAGACAGUCUCUACAUGGUCUCUCAUUAUACUCUGCUGCUAAACCUAAAAUUGGCCAACUCGGAUUACUACAGGAAGAAGCCUCCCCAAGCCCCUGUGUUGCUGAAAGAGUUCAUGAAGCAGGUCCAGUCCAGUGGAGUGUUGAUGAUAUUUUCCCAAGCCUGGGUUGAAGAACUGUACCACCAGGUACUAGAAAAGAACAUGCUAGGGGAAGCUGGAUACUGGGGAAGCCCUGAAGAGCACAGCCUUCCACUUAUCACCAUGCUGACAGACAUCGAUGGCUUGGGAAGCAGUACAGUCGGUGGCCAGUUGAUGGCAUCUGCUUCAGCUCAAUCUCCUCUUUCCCAAAAUCAGAAGACAGAUGAUUCUGUUGUUGCAGGAGUUGCUUUUGCCCGAUACCUCUUAAUCGGCUGUUGGAAGAACUUGAUUGACACUUUGUCCACACCGCUGACUGGUCGUAUGGCAGGCAGCUCCAAGGGGCUGGCAUUCAUCUUGGGAGCAGAAGGAGCCAAAGAGCAAAACCAAAAGGAGAAGGACUCCAUUUGUGUGAGCCUGGAUGGACUGAGGAGGGCAGCCCGCCUGAGCUGUGCCCUAGGAGUUGCUGCGAACUGUGCAUCUGCUCUUGCCCAAAUGGCUGCUGCGUCCUGUGUCCAAGAAGAGAAAGAGGAAAAAGAAAUCCAGGAGCCCAGUGAUGCUAUAGCUCAAGUGAAACAGAAAGUGGAGCAGAAACUGGAGCAGAUGGGGAAAGUGCAGGGAGUCUGCCUACACACUGCUCAUGUUUUGUGUAUGGAUGCAGUCCUCAACGUGGGCCUGGAGAUGGGAAGCCACAAUCAGGACUGCUGGCCUCAUGUGUUCAGGGUGUGUGAGUACAUCAGCACUCUGGAGCACACCCACUUCAGUGACGGCACCUCCCAGCCCUGCCUUACCAUCACCCAGUCACAGCAGGCACCUGGAGGCCCACACUCAGACACUGAGCUGGGGGAGGCUUCUCCGGAACAGACCCCUGAGCAGGAGACCACCCUCAGCAGCAAUCCUGUCAUUCAGCCAGUUUCCAUCCAGGAACUUGUCAAGGAGAGCAGCAAGGGCAGAGCUUUCGACUUCCGUGGAGGCAGCCUGCUGUGUGGGACCAGUGCUGCCAAGGCUGUUCUCACACUCUCCACACAAGCUGACAGACUCUUUGAAGAUGCUGCCGACAAGUUAAAUUUGGUGGCACUGGCAGGCUUCCUUUACCAGCUCAAGAAGGCUUCUCAGGCCCAGCUUUUCCAUUCUGUCACAGAUACAGUUGAUUACUCCCUAGCAAUGCCAGGGGAAGUAAAAUCUACCCAGGACAGGAGAAGUGCGCUUCACUUGUUCCGACUUGGUGAUGCCAUGCUUAGAAUUGUGAGGAGUAAAUCCCGCCCAUUGCUCCACAUCAUGCGCUGCUGGAGCCUGGUGGCACCUCACCUGGUGGAGGCUGCCUGUCACAAAGAAAGGCAUGUGUCUCGGAAGGCCGUCUCCUUCAUCCAUGACAUCCUCACUGAAGUGCUGACAGAUUGGAAUGAGCCUUCUCAUUUUCACUUUAAUGAGUCACUUUUCCGCCCCUUUGAGCGUAUCAUGCAGCUGGAGCUGUGCGAUGAGGAUGUGCAAGACCAGGUGGUCACCUCCAUAGGAGAGUUGGUGGAAAUGUGUUCUACGCAGAUCCAGUCAGGAUGGAGACCCCUGUUCAGUGCCCUGGAAACAGUUCACAGCGGCAAUAAGUCAGAGGUUAAAGAGUACCUUGUAGGAGAAUACUCUAUGGGGAAACGCCAGGCCCCAGUGUUUGAUGUUUUUGAAGCAUUUCUAAACACAGACAGCAUCCAGGUCUUUGCCAAUGCUGCCACCAGUUAUAUUAUGUGCCUUAUGAAGUUUGUGAAAGGACUGGGGGAAGUAGAUUGUAAGGAGAUGGGUGACUGUGUGCCAGGAUCAGGAUCAGCAUCUACAGACUUGUGCCUUCCCGCGCUUGAUUACCUCAGGAGAUGUUCUCAGUUGUUAGCCAAAAUCUACAAAAUGCCCUUGAAACCUGUUUUCCUCAGUGUCCGGUUGGUUAACAUGCCCCGAAGAGUGCAGGAGCAGUCAGCCAGCAGUGAGGACGGCAUUGAGUGCAUCCUUUCUGACUUUGAUGACGACACUGGUCUUAUCAAUGUCUGGAUUAUUCUGCUGGAAGAAUUAACAACUGCCAUAUCCAACUGUCCCCGCCAGCACCAACCUCCUACUCUGGAUCUGCUCUUUGAAUUGCUGCGGGAUGUUGCCAAGACACCUGGCCCAGGAUUUGGCAUUUAUGCAGUUGUACAUCUUCUUCUUCCCACGAUGUCCCUUUGGCUCCAUCGCAGCCAUGGUGAUCAUUCUUACUGGGAUGUGGCAUCUGCUAAUUUCAAGCAUGCCAUUGGCCUUUCUUGUGAACUCGUAGUGGAGCAUAUUCAAAAUUUCAUACACUCAGAUAUUGGUUAUGAAAAUAUGAUCAAUACUAUGCUAAAAGAUCUUUUCAAGUUGCUGGUUGCCUGUGUAGCAGAACCAACAGAAAUUAUUUCCAGAGUUGGCUGCUCUUGUAUCAGGUAUGUAUUAGUGACAGCAGGACCUGUUUUUACUGAAGAGAUGUGGAGGCUUGCAUGUUGUGCCUUGCAGGAUGCAUUCUCUGCCACUCUGGAGCCAGUAAAGAACCUAUUGGGCUAUUUCCACAGUGGUUCUGAAAGCUUUAGUGGAGACGCCUGUGAAGUGAAGGUGGCAGCCCCCUCCCUCUCGCCGAGUGCUGAAGCUGAAUAUUGGAGAAUCAGAGCCAUGGCACAACAGGUCUUCAUGCUGGAGACCCAGUGCUCCCCAAAGACCCCUAGCAACAAGGAAGGGUUCGAACAUGCCCAGUCGUGUGUGCUCGUCAUUGACCUGCCACCAGAUAAGAAACCAAAUGGGCAUACCCAGAGAAGGAAGCUGGGUAUUCCUUUCAGGACAAUAGUAGUGAGCUUGCUGUCACACCAAGUUCUGCUCCAGAAUUUAUAUGACAUCCUACUGGAAGAAUUUGUCAAAGGCCCUUCUAACUUGGAGGAGAAAAUGACAAUACAAGUACCAGAAAACAAGCUGGCUGGUUUUCUCAGGUACAUCUCCAUGCAAAACUUGGCUGUCAUCUUUGACUUACUGCUGGACUCCUAUAGAACAGCCAGGGAGUUUGACACCAGACCUGGGUUGAAGUGCUUGCUGAAAAAAGUAUCUGGCAUUAGCGGAGCUGCCAACUUGUAUCGCCAGUCAGCAAUGAGCUUCAAUAUUUACUUCCAUGCUUUGAUUUGCGCUAUCCUGACAAACCAGGAGAACAUCACUGCAGAGCAAGUGAAGAAGAUCCUCUUUGAAGACGAUGAGAGAAGCACUGAUUCAUCACAACAGUGCUCUUCAGAAGACGAAGACAUUUUUGAAGAAACUGCUCAGGUCAGUCCCCCCCGGGGAAAAGAGAAGAGACAGUGGAGGGCUCGAAUACCAUCUCUGAGCGUACAGCCUGUCAGCAAUGCGGACUGGGGAUGGCUGAUCAAGCGGCUUCAUAAGCUCUGCAUGGAACUGUGCAACAACUAUAUCCAGAUGCACCUAGACCUGGAGAAUAACGUAGAGGAGCCUCCCGUGUUCAAAGGUGACCCAUUCUUCAUUUUACCAUCCUUUCACUCAGAAACCUCCACCCCAUCAACUGGAGGGCAGUCUGGGAAGGACACUCCAUCUGAGGAUGACCGGAGUCAAAUAAGGGACCAACUGGGAGAGAGCCUAACACCACGAAGUGGAGAAAUGCUGCUACUUCCCCCACUCUCAAGUCCUAAACCAGAGAAAAAAGAACAAAACAGGAAAAAGGAAUGGUGGGAGAAUGCUGGCAACAAGAUCUACACCAUAGCCACUGACAAAACCAUCUCUAAGUUCAUGACAGAAUACAAGAAAAGAAAGCAGCAGCAGGCCAUGACAUCCUUCACCAAAGAGGUCAAAGUGGAGAAGAAAGGGGAGCUCCUGGGCUCCAGAGGGCAGGACUCACCCAUACUCCAGCGGCCACAACAUCUUAUAGACCAAGGUCAAAUGAGGCAUUCAUUCAGUGCUGGCCCAGAGAUCCUGAGACAAGAGAAGAGACCACGCUCAGGAUCCACAGUCAGCUCCCUGAAUAUAUCUGUUAGGGAUGCCGAGGCCCAGAUACAGGCAUGGACCAACAUGGUGCUGACAGUUCUCAACCAGAUUCAGGCCCUGCCAGACCAAACUUUCACAGCCCUCCAGCCAGCAGUGUUCCCAUGUAUCAGCCAGCUGACUUGCCACGUGACAGAUAUCCGUGUCCGUCAGGCAGUACGGGAAUGGCUGGGAAGAGUGGGCCGUGUCUACGAUAUCAUCAUUUAAACUAGCUGUGCUCUGUUUCAGAGGGGAGAAGACAGCCAAGAUAUAUAGCAAAGAGGUAUUUGGGGUUCAUUAACUGCCUAUUUGUUGGUGAGAAAUUAAGAAACAAUGAGCUUGUCAAUGUAUAUCCCCUAUCUGCUUGAGACUGUGUGUCCUUCACUCAUACUAGCAGAGGAGGCGAAGCAUGAAUGUGUCCAGGAGGUCUGGAACGACCCCAGAGUCUGCCAGUAAAUCAGGCUGGUACCUAAAGGCAAAAUACAUUUCAGUAACCUUCACUUAAAUUAAAAUUUACAACAGUAGGAGCCACAUCAAACUCUAGGUAAACUUGCACACUUGUAAUUAGCUAUGAAUGGAACUGUCAUAUGGAUGUCAAACCAGGCAAGCAAGCCCUGUAUAACUAAAAAUAAUCAAAAAGGUGGCAGUUGUUCAGAAUAACUUUUUCCAUUCUGAAAUUAGCAUGAGAGAGGAAAGCCAAAUAAAGAUUAUUGCAAUACUGUAUGCCUUGCUCACUGAAGAAGGUUGAAGUUUGUUUUGCUCCGAGAAGAGCCUUUGAAAUCUGGUCACAUUCCAGGUAGCUAGUGAGUGAUUAUUAAAGUAUCUCUGGUCUUAAAUGGGUGAACCAAGCACAGGCUAUUCAUCCUUUCAUUACCCUUGUGGAAUAAUGCUUGGGAGAAAAAAAAGGCACUGUCAAGCUGCCUUCUCUACAGCACCACCUUGGUUACUUCAGCUAUGACCACAGGUGACCAUUUUUCCACGUGUAUAAUUUCUCUGAAAGGCUGCAGGGAAGUUUGUUUUGCUAUUUCCUCUGAAGCUAGAGGGGAAGACACACCACAGAGCAAAGCUACUGCCAGCCUACAUGCCAGUAUCCAGCACUCACAACAGAGUGAAGUGUUCCUCCAGCUAAAGCAACACUGCAGCUAAGCUGACUUAAGCAUCUACUAGAACUACUGUAGCCAGGACCCUUACACCUUACAUUAAACUUAGCCUAUUGCUCUACACUGAGGUUAAUCAAGAUGGAAAAGUCUGAAAAGAAGGUAACUAACUUUUCUGUUUCUCUCCCCUUUCUUAUCUGCUGCAGUAAACAGGGAGGGAACAGAGUCUCAUAUAGGUACAUUCCCCCUCUGUGCAGUGCUUCUGUAAGGACUACUACAGUCUGCCACUAUUAUUAACAGGGGGAGAAGUGGAAGGAUUGACUACUGUAUUGUCAAAUACAUAUGUGAUGCUGUUCACACUGGACAAGUGAAGGGUUACUUUGCUUCACAAAUUAUGUCACAGCCCCUGGGACUUGUAUUCCUAUACUACAUCAUUUGUUGAUUAGAUGUUUAAAUAAUUUAUCAGAACUAAUUAAACCUUAGGUGAUCUCUUAACGAUGUUCUCCCAAGGCUUUUAAAAUGUGCAUACCAACUAAAUAUACAGCUUCGGUCCCUGCAUCCUCUAAAAUGUCAUCUUUUUACGUCAGUCCUUGACUUUGCACAACUAACUAUUUUUAGCAUCUUGAACCUGAAAAAAUGGAAGGUCAGCCAAAAAAAACCUACUGAAUAGCCAUCACCCAAGCCGAUGCAUUUACUAAGAGUCUGCCACUGUCGUCCUGCCUUUGCCCUCCCUCACUCACUCCCCAUUUGCCAACUGCUACACUUUUGUGUGGGGAACACUUUGUCCUAUAUUACUCUGCGGUGUCAGUCACACUGUUUCCCUUUCUUUCAGAACGUCACUUGCAGAACUGUUUCAGGAACAUCAAAAAUUCCUUAAAAACAACUCAUUCUUACUACAUGCACUGACUAUAAAUAAGUAAUUUAAUAAUACUAUCAAUUGUCAGUUUUCCCAACAGAUGGAAUAUUUCCCCGGGGACAGGUGAGAUUGUAUACCAAGCCCUUAGCAUAUUGCUAGGUUUCUGUUGCCGUGUCUUUCUUACACACCUUCAGGUUGAGUAGGAGGGUGGUUAUGUUUUGUUAAUCUUUUUAUUUGGCAUCUAUACAGAACUGCUUUUAAAGUAGGACAUUAAUUAGGCAACAACCAGAAUCAGAAUACACACCUGUAUGCGAGGACACUCAAAUGUGCUAUUUUUCAUUAUAUGCUCAUUUUGGGGAUUGAGGUCUUCACUGUGCUUACCUAAAACUGAAGCAAAUCCUUGAUUUCUGUUGGAGAAGUAAAGCUGAUAGCAGUACCAAGGGAGUCACUGAGGAUUCCAGAAAGGGGCCUGUUAUCUAGGAAACACAGUGGUUACAUGUUACCUGUAAAUCACAAAGAGAAGCUCUAGGAAUGAAAUGCCUGCCCCCAGUCAGGCACCUGAACAGUGGAUAGCCCAGUGUUACCUGCUUAGCUAGCUGCUUGACCAAAACACUGCUGUACUGCAAUGCAUUUUAAACUUCUCCUUCCAAAUUAUGCACUAAGUGCCCAUUGUCACCCUCUGUGCCUCUGUUCUCCCAUACCCCUCCCUUAGGAAACCGUAUGAGGACACAAGUAACUGCAUCUUUCCAGAAAUAUCAUGUAAAAGGAUGGGAUGAGUACAAAGGAAUCUUUGUAGCAGCAGGCUUUAGAUGAGCAACGUUUAGCAGAUGCUGCUCUUCCUUUUCCUUCUGUGUGAAAUGGUAAGCAGGUGAGAACAGCUUACCACCACUUGAGGAACUGUUAAUCUGAGAGCAACAUGCGGAGUCGGUUCAUCGGGUUCUUUUCUGCUAGUUUAGCCAUAGACGUGAGCGAGCCCCAAAGAAUCAUAGAAUCAUAGAAUUAGCUAGGUUGGAAAAGACCUACAAGAUCACCUAGUCCAACCAUCCACCUACCAGCAACAACACCACUAAACCAUGUCUCCCAGUGCUAUAUCUAAACGUUUCUUGAACACCUCCAGGGACGGUGACUCAACCACCUCCCUGGGCAGCCCGUUCCAGCGCCUGACCACUCUUUCAGAAAAGUAGUAUUUCCUAAUGUCCAGAAGAAGUAAAAUGCUGAGUGCGAAGUCACCAUUUCAUAGGCCCGUGUGCUCUGUUUCAUUCAUACUUUCAGCCACUUGGCCUAAAGCUGCUAGCCCAGAGAAGGAACUUGCACAGAAUGGUCCCAGGGAAGGGUAUGGGCACUAGCUCCCUGCUCUGACCACCCCAAGCACAUCCAGCAGCACAAAGCAGCCCUCCACACAUCUUUCUCAUUUAACGCAUUCAGACUCUUACUAGUAGCCCUGUAACCCACUGUGCAAGGUAACAACAGCAUAGAACCUACUGCUGUUGAAUCAGAACAUUUAUCUCCUGGUUAACCUGCUUUCAUCAGGAUGUUAAUAUUUAAUGCUCUCCUAGAAGAGAGGCUUACUUUAGAAUAAUUGACUUCACUCAGCAUCCAGUAAAAAUUAUUAGAGAAAGGAUUACAUAGACCUGGGAAGAACUCCUCUUGUAAAACACUAAACGCAGGAACACAGCUUUUGUCUCAUCACAGAUAAAACAGUACACUUCCUCUGGAGUUCAGCUGGAUCCUGUCAAGACCAAGCAUAGUUUUCACCUGUGGCUUGAUCUGGUAAGGUACUUUGCCUUUAAUUUGAGCUUCAGGUUCUGUUUAAUUUUACUGUAAAAUUCACUGAUGAGUCCUCAUCUGCCCAAGAGGUAAUUCCCACCUCUAAAUACCCUGUGUUGCCAUAUGUAAUCUCCAUUUGCUCUGGAUAUAGUAGUAUCUCAGUGGUGGUAUCUCCACUUCAGAGCUCAGUGCAGGACCGGUAUGAAACUUGAGUGUCGAACAGGCUAACAAGUAGAGAGGUCCAGCUGUGUGUGUUGCCUGCACUUGCCAUCUUCUGCUUCGGCUCAGGCCCACUCUCAGAAUGCCCAAGCUGUUGUUAGUAGUGGAAAUAUUUAUACUCUGAACUCAGUCCUUGAAUCCUUCAGCUCCUGCAUACAAGUUCUCAGGAAGGGGAAAGUCCUAUAUAGUUUCUGCUAUCACUUUCUCUGUUGUGGUCCUUUAUACACCUCACUCCUGAAAAUCCACAAGAGCCAGCACAAUUCUCGUGCAUCACACUGCCCCCAGACUAGAACCUUUACUGUUGCACAGAUCCAAUUUUAAUGUGCAAGAAGCCAACCAUAGCAAGCCUUCAUUUCUAACCAGCUCCUGUUUACAAGCUUAGUUGGAAACUGAGCAUGCGGAAUGUAGCUGUUUUCACUUUUAGCAAUUCAUUCGAGAAAUGCUAUUACUGAGUGAUAAACUGUUUUUAAUUCAACAAAACAAAACCAACUCCUCCUUUCCCAUGUCUUAUUUUUGUGGAGGUAUGAUAAGAAUAUGCUUAAGCAAGCAAUUUAAUCAUUCUGGUUAUAAUCACUUCUGGGAAGAUCUGUUUAUAGCGGUAAGCAUGGCAUACGAAAUUAGAUAGAUAGUUGAUCUCUUUUUCCUCAAUUUCUGAUCAUUCCACAAUUCUUUGAAGAAAUUGAUGCAAUACCAUCAAUUUAAAAAUACGUAUACCUUCUCCUUCAGUAUAAAAGGACCAACUUACCAUAGCACAGAAGCACAAGUGUUGGGUUUUAUGCAAUGUAGAUAACAUCUGGCAGCUAUUGACCCCUCUUCUCUGAGCCUCCCCAUUUUGAGCUGAGCUUCUGUAGGGAUACAACAUAAGGGUCUAUUAGCAGCCCUCACCAGCAACACACCUGGGUCUCCAGGAAGUUGUACAGUUGCAUGGAAGAAAUCUCACCUCCUCUUUGUGUUGUUUCCACUAUUGCCCCUCAACAUACACCUUAUAUGCGAUACUAACUAUGGUUUCAUUUCAUACUAAACAGCUUUGGACAAACACGACAGGCUGGCUAUUUAAAAAGAAAAUAACAAAGCAUCUAGAGUAAGUGUGCAUCAUUCUUUUCACUUAAUGCUGAGAGGUCCAAGUUGAGAGCUAGAAGCAGAGGGAAGAGGAAAUGCCCUAAUUCUGACUUUGGAUAUCAGUGGAGCUACGCUGCAUGAUCCUGGAUUAAUGCAAUAAUGAGCUUGCCUGUGGGACCAGAUCCCUCAAAUCCUCUUUAUUUUUGGCAAAUUCACAAGCAAAGGUUUGCUUACUCUCCCCUGCCACAUCAUUUCAGGGGACUGGGUUUAUGGAAGGCAUUUUUUGUUAAGAAAAAAGUGGAAGGAGGAUCUGUUUCAAUUCUUGCAACUCAACAUCUCACUUAUCAAAAGGUAGUUAGGUAUUUCCAUCCAUGGAGCAUUAAGACCCUAUUUCCUUUUCACACCUUUGCUUAGUGUAGUCUGUGGCGAAAUGCCAUGCUUCCUCAGGAAGCAAACUCAAGCAGGAGAGCUGAGCUAGCGGUUCAGCAAGGGAUAAAUACCGCCUCCACAGUCAGGCCGUGGCUCCUGAGCCCCCAGCUCUGGAAGAAAGCACGACUUGAUACCAAAGGAAGUGCUGCCAGGAAGGGCCAAGCCGUGUCGUAGCAAAGCCCUGCACUGCACACCAUUUCCUGGAGCAGAUGGGAGUAAGAGGUUUGAAAGUAUGAAGUGACAGCAGGGAGCACCUUCUUUUCAGUUCCCCUCACCUCCAUUUUUGUCAUUAUUUACGAUACCGCAAACUUACUUCCAUGGGCCCUUUGACCAGAGCUGAAAACUGAUAGAAAGCCAAAGGGAGUAUACACUCCAUUUUGCCAAAGAUCUGAUUCUUCCUAUUCCAAAAUAAAAAGCAAAUUCUAUUUCCAUGAUGAUGGCUACCAUAGAAAGCAUUUUACUACAAAGCAUUAUUCCCAGGAUUUCAUCUCUAUAGCUGUAUAUUCAGGAGGAGCCACUACUGUUUUUAAGAGAGACUGUAAAUGUCUAGAGUUCUUACACUGGAUUUACCUUCUACGGAGCUCAUACCUAGCUGCAGUUCCCCAGUUUCAUUCAUGUUUCCUCCCUCUACCUUUCUCCUAUUCUUUAGAAAAACACCCUCUUAUUAUCUGCUGCGUUCCGUUGUGCUGCUUUGUUUGGUUCUUCAGUGUCCAUUGGUCAGGAAGUCACUGUAAGCUGGCUUGCAAAUUGUAUUUUGUGUAUAUUUUGUUCAGACUGAAUUCUGAAAUGGAAAUAUUUUAAAACAAAAAAAAGUUAUAAACUAUUUAUGUUGCUUGUGUUGUAGAAUAAAGAUGCAAAUGCAAAAUAA